UAUAGUGUAUAUACAUUAAUAUAGGAUUGAUCUACCGGAAGGAUAUCUGACUUUACUAAAAUGCAUCUGCUACUUGAAAUAAGCAAAUUAGCAAAUGUAUGAAACUCGUUGAACGGAAGUAGAAAAAUGCUUGCUAGUUCCUCUUCGCUUAGAAAUGCACCCUUGUGGUCAAAACCGCAGUUUUAAACAGGUAAUCAAUCAAAAAGCGGGCACUCUUUUUAAAGGCUGAUGGCAUGAAUAUAAUUCAAGGAUUUGAUGUCUUGCUGUCAAGUUUACCAACCAAAAUGGGGCUCACUGCAGCAGACACGAAUGGCCCACUUGAAUAUUAUUACGAGUAUUCUUCCAGCUAUAUUGAGACUUAUUCUGAUCCAGCUACUAAUGAGCCUUGUUAUUCCAAGGAACACUCUUAUUUAGAAAGAUUUAUCACCAUUCUGUAUACUGUCACAUUCAUCCUAGGCUGCCUUGGCAACAUAUUUGUGAUCAUUGUAAUGAGCUUCAGACGGACCACACGGAGGCUGGUGGACACUUUUGUCAUCAACCUGGCCUUAGCAGACCUCAUCUUCGUUUUCACCUUGCCUUUGUGGUCUGUGUCUGCGGCCACUGAUAAUCAUUGGCGUUUUGGAGACAGCCUGUGCAAACUCAGCAGUUACAUUAUAUCAGUGAACAAGUUCUCUAGCAUUGCCUUCCUUACUUGCAUGAGUGUGGACCGCUAUCUGGCUGUGGUCAGGCUCUUGGACACUAGGUUUGUCAGGAACAAAAGAUGCAUACUGAUAGCUUGUGUCACCAUCUGGCUUGUUUCUCUCGUCAUGGGGCUGCCUUCCUUAAUCUACAGAUAUGUUCUCAGGGAUGGAAAUUCUACAAGGACAUUGUGCGUGGAAGAAACCCAGUCUGCAUUCUAUAAUGCCUUCAGUCUGAGUUCCCUUUUGCUGACGUUUGUUGUACCCUUAACCAUCAUUCUGUUUUGUUAUGGCUCAAUUUACAUGAGGCUUCACACGCGCUUUGAAAUGGCAAACGUUGAAAUAAAACGCAAUAAUUCUCUCAAGAUUGUUUUUAGCAUUGUGACCGCUUUUAUUUGCUCCUGGUUGCCCUUCAAUGUUUUCAAGGCCAUCUGGCUAAUGGAUCUGUUGAAGAUGACAACCCUGUCAUGCCAGGGCAUUGCAACUGUGAAAUGGGGGCUCACAUGCACAGCCUCCUUUGCUUUCUUUAACAGCUGCGUGAACCCCAUAAUUUACAUGUCCCUGGAUCGUCACUUCAGACUUCAGGCACUUCAGUUACGUCUCCGUGCCUUUAGAAAGCAUAAGCGGGUCAGCAGUGGCUGCUCCUCUAACUCCUCGGGUACAGACAGCAUGAUAGCCUCUAGAUCCAGAAUCACGUCCUUGUCUACCUUAUACUGCUGACAUUUUGCUUCACAUGUAACAAUGUAAUUAUUGCAAUAAGACAUGAAGUGCGCCUGUCUUUUUUUUUUUUUUUUGCAUUUUUGGUUUGUGAAUAUUUUGCAGUUUUCCCCCAUCGGUUUCAAGCACUAUUUGCACUUUGCUGCAAUGCCAUAACACCCCCGUGCUCGGAGCUUCCUCUGCCCACAAAGGGGUAGUGAAUGCACACUG